AUGCCAUCCAUCGCAUCCACCGCCGCGGCGGUCGCUUUCGCGGCCACCUCGGCCCUGGCUUUGACCUCCACCUCUGCCAAGUCCGACCUCGACGGCUCCGUCUGGAAGAUGCUCGAGGGGACCUCCCCCGCCGCCUCGGCCCCGCAGGUCCGCGCGCGUAACCGCCCCACGAAGCGCCAGACGGGCUGGAACCCGCCCUCUGAGCUCUCGGGCGCGUUGAAGGAGGUGUGGGCGCACUACGAGAAGACGUACGACGGUGCCAUUGAGGGCAACAAGAACUGGGGUUGGGAUCAGAUCAUGGCCAACAACGGCUCUAUCAACGUCUGCGUCCGCUGGGACUCCAACUCCCCCAUCACAGCCGCCCAACGCACCAAGCUCGCCUCGACCUACGCGGCCCAGUACCAAAAGUGGUUCAAGUGGCUCUAUGGCUUUGACGGCUUCCCCUACGUAAACGUCGACGUCAAUAUUGUCGGCUACGCCACCAACAACACGGCCCUUCUGGAGGGCUCAACCGACGGCCUGGACGUGUACACGUCCUUCGCGGACCCGCAGGGCAUCCCCGCGUGCGACCCGGCCUGCGACCGCGACGCGCACCUCGACGGCGACUACAGCGGGUGCAAGGGCGGGGCAGCCAGCCACUUUGACAGCUCUCUGCAGCUUACCGACGGACUCGAGGGCGGUUUCGGGUAUUCGUGGGGUCAGCAGGUCGGCAGGGAGUAUAUGCUGAACAACCUCGACUCGGAGAACAUUCACAUCCUGCUGCACGAGAUGGGGCAUUCCUUCGGCUUGGACGACUUCUACGACUGGGAGCCGACGGGACAGAGCAAGUUCAUCAUGCUUGCUGGGUCUGCUAUGGAGGUUACGGAUUUCGAUGGGUGGAUGUACCGUAACUGGUGGUAUGAGCUCUCGCAGAAGCGCGGAUGGGCCAAGACGGGCUCUGGUUCCGGGGCUGUUGCUUCCGGUGCUGCUUCGACUUCUGCCACGCCUUCCGCUACUGCAUCUGCCUCUGCUUCUGCUGCGCCGAUUGUCAAGGAGGAGGAGGAGCAGGUCGCCGAGACACCCGUCCCCACGCCUACUCCUACGCCUACGCCUACCCCGACGCCCGCGCCUUCGUCUUCCGCUGCCGAUGUUCCCGUUGCGACGUGCGCCGAGGCUGCUGCCGAGCCUAGCGCGGCUGCUGCGGAGGAGUCCGGAUCCGAGAUGGCGGCGAAGUGGAGCCAGUGCGGCGGGGCUGGAUACUCCGGGCCGACUGCUUGUGCUUCCGGGUUGACUUGCACCAAGACCAAUGAGUGGUACUCGCAGUGCUUGUAA